AUGGCGGAGAACCUCCCUCCCGCUCCUUCGGGACGGGGAGUACUGCCCCAACCCAUCGAGAUUUCCUCCCGAUCUUCCAACCCAUUCGCCUCCAAGUACGACCUUUCCAGAAUAUCAGCAACAAAUGAUCGAUUCCCCGAAGCGAAUGAUCAAAGGACUAUUGUACCUAACCUGCCAGAACAACCCUCACCAAACGACCACGCUGAACCCGCCUCCUCCCAACUUACAUCUCCCCGACAUCUUCCGCAGUCACGGGAGUCUGCAGAAAGCACGACGAGAGCUUCCCUGCCGCAACGGAUUGAGAGUCCUACAAGCAGUUCCAAGGAUAGGAAACACCAGAUACAAAGUGCCAAAGGUUUGGAAGAUGAUUCUCCGAAACGGAAGUUUGUUCCAGAACCUAUCGAGACCACCUCACGGUCAUCCCGUAAACCGAUCUCUGGGCCCGCAGGUCGGAAAGCUCCACAGUUGGUUGAAACUACGUCAGAACGCCGCCGAAAAAAAAUACAAGAAAUUGAUCCAGAUUCCCCUCCCAACAAUAUCGCUGGCAAUGGCAAAACGGGCUUUUCAUCUGGGGGUCACAUGCGUCUUCAUCAGAAUCUCCCAUUACGCUUGGGGGUGCCCUCUUCAGGACCGGACGUGUCCAAAAAAAUAUCCCCGCAGCUGAUUGAAACUGCAACACGUUCUGUCCGUCAGAAAUGUCUUGUACGAGGCACUGCAGAAUAUCCAGAGCAUAGGCUAUCAUCACCAUCCUCAGCUUCACAGCAGAAGCUAUCCGCGCCAGAAAGCACGGAGUCCCGAUACUCAUAUGCAAAUAUUCUCCGUCGUCAAGAGGAAAAGGGGCGGUCAUUCCAAGUCCCGGCACUUUCAACUAUACCAUCGAAUAGCAGUGAGGAUUCCGAGAGGUCCCCAGUUCCGUCGCCUCCAACCUCUCCUUCGACUCUCUCCAAUAUCAGCAGCAAUAGACUAUACCCGGAGGAACGCCUAUUGCGCGAAAGCUGUGAUGAGAGGUACUCUGGCUAUUUUCUGUCUCUGGCUUCACGUUCGGCACAAAAGCUGCUGAGGGAUCAAGCCCUUGCCGCUUUCCCUAACGAACAAGUCCAUCAAACUGUUUCUCAUUUUGCUAUUGAUCGAGAAGAAGAGGACAUAUCAGAUGACGGCGGCGACAGUAUAGGUAUAUCACUGCGUGACUUGAAAAUGAAUUUUUUGAAAUUCCGGCGUGAGUCAACCAUUGACCUUUGUUGGGAACUGGACGAAAUGAGAAGACACAAGGAGGAAUCUGAAAUGAGAGCCCGCCAAAAGGUGUUUGACGCAGGCCAGUCCCGAUUCUCAGCUGCUGCAAUAGCCGCUAGACAGGCGGCUGAAAACGAUGUCUUGAAAGUACACCAAGCUUCUCACCAGGCCCGCAUGGGAUUGAACCAAGUCAGCGAAUACACCAGCCCGCCAAUGCUUGGAGGAGAUAUCAACUUUCCCCAAAGCCUAUCACCCCAAGCCACCAGAUGCGAAGUCGACAAUCCCCCGGCUCAUCACCAUGCCGACAAUUGCAUAGAUCCCAUAAGAUGUGAAGGACUCUGGAGCCCAAACCCCCAAAAUGACGAUUUCGAAAACGGCGGCUUGUGGAUGGGUCUAUGUCGCCGAACCGAUGAGCCAAAACAAGCAUCCUCGGUCAUACCCAGACUUGGGAUAAUCACCCCCGCUGCCACCGAUGAAAAUGGCUCCUUCCAAAGCCUCACCAGCAUCACCAUGACCACCACCGCCACAAGAUCUGCUCCCCCACGCACCCUCGAUAGUCCCUCCCAUCUCCCUACAACCCCACCUGACUCCAACCCUGACCUCGACAACGUCGAUGAACUCCUCCUCCUCGAACAAGACAUCAAACGCGAAUUCAAUGACGCCUUCGUAACCCAGAUCUACAACUACCUCUCUCUCGGCUACCCCUGCCUCGCCCGCUACUAUGAUGAGGAACUCAGCAAGAUCUCGCACAUCCCGAUCGAGGAGCUACGGAAAGACGACAAGCGCGCUAACGCCAAAGGGUACGUGGGUGUCCCCGAAGGCCUUGGUGCGGGUGAGAAUGUGGUGUCAUCCGGCACAUGCUUGCGCUGGACAGCACUGAAGCUGUAUAUUCAUGAGUGGGCGAGGCAGCAGCCGAGGAUGGCUAAGGCAGAAGGGUGUCAGUUGCCUGACGAUGGAUCUGGGAUGGAUGCAUGGGGAGCUCGAGCGCGGAGGGGCAGCUGGGCUAUUUGA